GUGUGUGUGUGUGUGUUUGUACUAAAUGUGCGAGUGUGUGAUCAUGAGUGAGGCUAGAGGAGAGGAAGCGUCAGAAAGGGAGCAGAGUGGACUGAGAGAGCAGCUCAUUGUUAACCGACCUCUCAAGACACUAAUCUGUGUUUACACCAGGGAAUAACAACAAGGGAAGCACAUUAGAGAUUGCGACUCCACUGUGACUAAUCAAGCAGGAUGUCAACUUCCAACUGUUCUCUCGAUCUAUUGGCUGAAAAAGGAGGGUGGCUUUGUCCUCUUGGGGAAAAGUGUACCAAUCUGACCCCGGGCAUGAACGGCAGCAGCAUCGAUCUGGACGAUGCAUGCUUGGCAGGCUACCUGGAAAAAUAUCUGGGUCCUCGUCGAUCAACGGUGUUCCUCCCUGUCUGUCUCAUCUACCUGUUGAUCUUUCUGGUGGGCGUGUUGGGGAAUGUGCUGACCUGCAGUGUCAUUGCACGCAACAAAGUGAUGUGGACGCCAACAAACUACUAUCUCUUCAGCCUGGCGGUGUCAGACCUGCUGGUGCUGCUGCUUGGCAUGCCGUUGGAGCUGUAUGAGCUGUGGCAUAACUACCCCUUUCUCCUGGGGAAGGGAGGUUGCUACUUCAAAACCUUCCUAUUCGAGACAGUAUGCUUGGCAUCGAUCCUCAACGUGACGGCACUGAGUGUGGAGCGCUACAUUGCUGUGGUGCACCCACUGCGCGCAAAGUACGUUGUGACACGCACUCACGCCAAACGGGUCAUCCUCACGGUGUGGGGUGUGUCAGUGUUGUGUGCAGUUCCAAACACCAGUCUGCAUGGGAUCGCCAUCCUUUACAGUCGCUCCAUCGGCCAAGCUGGGAACGAAAAUGUGGAAAUCCCUGACUCCGCGAUCUGUACACUGGUGAAACCACUAUGGAUGUACAAUCUGACCAUCCAGGUGACCACUUUGCUGUUUUUCGUUCUGCCCAUGCUCAUCAUCAGCGUUCUCUACUUGCUGAUCGGGCUGCAGCUGAAGCGAGAGAAGAUGCAUCAGGCACUGGAGACCAAGUCGGGCUUUGGACAGGACAGCUUCUGUAACAUCCGCACACAGCAGCAGAAGGCACGUCGCCGGCAGGUCACGAAAAUGUUGUUUGUGCUCGUGGUGGUUUUUGCGAUCUGCUGGGCCCCCUUUCACACUGACCGCCUCAUGUGGAGUUUCAUCCAUGACUGGACCGAAAACCACCUGGAGAUCUUCCAGUAUGUGCACAUCAUCUCCGGUGUGUUUUUCUACCUCAGCUCAGUUGUCAACCCAAUCCUCUACAACCUCAUGUCCACGCGCUUUAGAGAAAUGUUCAAGGAGGUCAUGUGCCAUCGGCCACAUCACAUCGCUCCCAGGAAAUACUCUCUCAGUGUCACCCGGGUGACGCUCCGCAGCACCCUGAGUGAUGCGCCACUCAGCAAUGGCGUUGUUGUUGUUGAAGCCGAGGCAGAAGAUGGAGAAGCGAGGGUGAAGAAUGAGACCACUUUUACAACUUAAGGGGUUAGUCUUGGAGGACAUGGGAGGGUGGCAUGGUGGACGGAACGACUCUCUCGUUCUGAGUCACUGCAUCCGUCAGCUGUCAUCAACAUCCACUAUAAACAGGUGCAUCAGCUAAAUACAGAAUCGUCUGAGUGGAGGAAGUGCAGGUGGGCAAAGCACUCAUCAGCUGAAACUGUCACUGCAGCCUGCUUAUGAAAACUUAAUCUGUAACUCAGCAAAUCACAUAUUGAAGUUUAACAUCACAUUUCUUGCAGUGCAUCAUUUCAAACCUAAUUGCUCUCAAGUCACAGGAAACCGUGCAGUUUAGAAUGAAAACGUUCUAAACUGGAUCAUGGUUCAGCGCACAUAAAAAAAAGCUCACUUACGCUCAAUUUCUGUGAGUUUUAACCUGCAUAUUUGCCAGAUUCUAAAAUAACUCCAUUGAUCUGACAGUUUCAGUCUUAUUACAGCCUAUAUGGUGACCCUGUAUGACAUAUAACAAUAUUCCAAUGACAAAAAAUCAUGCUAGCUGAGGGAAAUAUUAAGAGAAUUUUGAGAACUCAAAAGGGUUAGGGUUAGUUCACUCGCUCCGUUGCUGUUUGUUAGAAAGACAUGUCAUGUAAUUUCAAAUGAAAACAUAUUGUUUGUUCGUUCCAUUUGGAAAAAUAUUGUACAUUCAAUUGAUGAUGCCACAUUUCUUCCAAAAUGCUGCUAUUGGUCCAGCCCAGAAAGAAUUUGAAAAUGUAUAUAUUUAUAGAUUUGGUCAUGAACAGGAAGCCCAAGUGUAUCUCAAUGUUAGAGUCUUGACAAAAGCCUGGAUCUUGUGCACUGAUUUGUGUGGAAACAUAUUCAAAAUGGCUUACAUGUAUAAAAAUGUGACGAAUGGCUGCAAGAUGAGGGAAAAUUCAAUAUCUUGUUAACAUGGUCAACUACACUGUAAGUAGAGUUAUUAUUUCUACCAAAUUAUAAACUCUGUAUAUAAUCUGUAUAUAAUCUGAAAAAGCUAUGUUCAGGUGACCAAAUGCAUGUCAGCCCUGUGGAAUGUUUACAUCGGUGUUCAAGUCAUUUCUGCUGAAUGUCUUUUGCUUUUUACAGUGUAGAAGUGUGUUGUACUUUAUGAAGACACCUGCCGUUGGUUGUUUUUUACAGCAGCAAUUUGUAGACCUACGUGAAAGUACAUUCAAAAAUCAUUUGUACCAUUUCUCUAUGUUGCAUUGUGUUUUGUAGGAAGCCAGUCAAAAUGCUUUCAGAUGCUUUAGUGGCUAUAAGUGCUUUUAAAACUUGCUGAACAAAAGGUGUUGUUUUGUGUAGGAGUCAUCAUCUCUCAGCUCAUAUUUUUCGGUCGUGGCUCUAGCAGUGUUACAACAUCCCCAACAAAUGGAAUUGUUACCCAUAUGGCCAAAGCUGCAGAAAUAAAGUUUUGAAAGACCUCUCUGUACGUGAACUGCCAGCAUACAAUAGAAGACAAGAUAAUUGUGUGCCAUGACUGUAAUUAGAGGCAUCCAUCAUACCUGUCUUUGCUAUUCAAAGCCAUUCGUGUGGAGGGGUCAGAAUUCACCUGAAGCAGUUUCUCACUUGUGACAUGUGAUUACAGAUAUUAACCAAAGUUGCCCCUUCUCUUUAAGGGAGGGAGGCAGAUUCCCUUAAAGCUGUACAUUUGUAUUUCAGGCAGAAAGUAGUGCCUGCACCACAAGCAUUAUCACCAUCAUUUGCUGUGUGUACUAUUCAUCACACGUUUCUCUGGAACAGCAGACAUUUUCAUGGGUAACUCAUCAUAUUUAGGAAAAGGCUGCGUUGACCCCUGAGGAACUCCGGCCUGCUGUACGUUUGCUGCAGAUUCCGUGUGCAAGUUAUCUCAUGUGGUAAUUCAUAUUUUUUAUCUCUUUCAUGUAAUUUCCCAUCUCAACAUCUGUGUAAUAAUAUUUAUCUGAGGGUACCAAAAAAUAUUUUCUAUGUUACAACCCUGCAGGUGUUUACAGAUAAAAGAAACGAGGGAAGCAACAACCGCUGGUGAUGGAAAAGGCUAAAUAAGCUGUUGUGUGUUUAAUGAACAUUAACGGGCAAACAAACAAAUCAGGAGUCAAGUGAGGCGUAGAGGGCCGCGGGUGGUGAUAAACCAUAAAGCCAAUAAAACAAAACCACUGGCACAACUGAUGGAAGCACAACGCCAAUCACAACUAAAGGAACAAAAAAACACUACCUUCUGUGAUACUACAAACGCCACCCACAACCUGAUGAAUAACUACACAACCAAACUAAUAUGUGAGGUACAAACCAAAAUAAUGUAUGAAAAUAAUAAGUGAUCGAACCUAAAGACAAAAUUAAAAGAAAACUGUUUAUAAUCUGAAAGAACAGUUUAAAACAAAUUUCAAACUAAAUAAAACUUAAAAAGGAGUAGAAAAGAGUAUAAAAGAGUUUAGAAAAAUAAAAAAAGAUUAAUAUGUAUAUUAUAUAACCGUGUGGGGAUAACUGCCAGGAGCAAAAGGAUUAUGGACCCCCCCACCCUUUUUUUAUGAGGUCUGUUACCUCAUAAAAAAGCUGUAAGUGUAACCUCUCUGCCUGAGAACACCGACCAUGUUUUUGUGCAUUGUCAUUCGCCAAAGCAGUGACGAAGAAAAUCAAAGCAGAGAGGUUCGGAGCAUGAUGAUGAACUUCGGUGAUGACGAAGACGUAAGCACAGUGAACCACAAAAGAAAUGCCUGUAGUGAUGCGGCGGGCUGCGGCAGGACUUUGGCAGUGGCU